AUGUUCUUCAUCACGUUGAUUCUUGACUUUUUGACAUACACUUCAAUUUCUGCCGAAAAUAGUUUCGUAUGUCCGAGUAACUUCAUCACUGCUGAAAGUGGUCCAAUUGGUGUGAUACCAUAUGGUCGUGUUGGUCUAUCAGUAAUACCUGCCCUGUAUGACUGUGCUUAUAAUUUCUACGUUUAUCCCGGCUGGGCACUUCAUUUCUCGAUCAGCACACAUUAUGAUCAACUUCUUGGAGAUAAUAUCACGUUUACGGAUAGUUUGGGCGUUGUUCAUAUACUUAUCACCCCAAAUCAACACAUUGAUCAAUGGUCAUCGGCUCCAAGUGCAAUACUUCAUAUAAAUACAAUCAGUAACACAAGUCAAAUGUUUGCAAUUUACGAAUUUGUGAAUAUUGCAAAAAAGUAUCAACAUGUUCUUAUUCCAACUGGAGAGUAUUUUUCAUUGGGAAACAUGAAAAAUCGGUAUUAUACUUUUCAUUCAAAGGAUAAGGAUAGGGUUGCCCUCAACAUUGCUGUUAAAAACACGCAGGAUUACGACGCUCUUCUCGAUUUUAUAUUUGUCUAUGACUGUGGAGAUGUUACAAAUUGCAGAAUGGUCGCUCGACUUUCGAAUUUCUUAAAAAGACAAAAAUACUCAACAUCAAAUAAUAUCACUAUUGUGAAUUUUUACGACGUUAAAUCUCCAUCUUAUUUGAUUGGAAAUGACUUUUCAAAAAUUGUGGUGUUUUCAAAGUAUAAAGCUAUUUUGACAAGCCGAAAUCAAAGAACAACUGGAGAAUUGUUUGAUGCAAGUGAUCAGGGAACAGCUUAUACUUGGAUAUGCUCGGAUUGUCAACAUUUUUAUUGGACAGUACUCAAAUUUCAUAAAUCAAAAACAAAUAUCUCAAAAACUUACAUUGAACUCCGUCCGUUGUCACCUACUUACAACACUUCAACCCUGCUUAACUAUACGAUGUCUUCUGCACUGGACUCUUACUUUCCUCAAUUGAUUCCCGCGCGAAUGUUCACAAUGAUAAAUCAUUACAGUGGCAUCGCAGUUACAUUGGACACUUCACUGACCCAAUCAAUGGCUGAAAAAUGGCUGAAACCGUAUGAUGGAAGGAGAGGGACUAUUUUCUCACCGUCUCUUUGGGACCCGUUCACAGCGCCUGCAUUCUCUUUUCAAUUCGAAGAUCGAGAUCAAAAAUUCAUGUUCGGUGUGAAUGUGAAAGAUGUUCGGAUUUCAGCGACCGGAGAAUCAUUGACCAUAAAAACAGGGCCAACUGCAUCAAACAACUUUUCAUAUAAGGAAUUUGUUUCCGAAAGCACCGACUAUUGGACUCGAAGAGAAGCGAAAGGUAAUUUUAUGCAAAUUUCAUAUGAUGGAUGGGAUCGAAAUUCAAUGGCAGUUGUCAGUUUUGACAUGAAGCAAAUUAAUUUUAAAAAGUCAGAAUUAACAAUUUCGAUGAUUAUUGUAAUUUGCUUUUAUUUAAAGUUUUCAAAUUUUAUUUAUUCAUAAUAAAAAAGUUACCAUUUAAAA